AUGGACUCUUUUGGUGUGGAGGAGUUCCUGUCGGGCAGAACCGAGCAGUGGGAGAGCAGCAGCACCUUUGCCUUCACUCUCACUUUCACUCUCACUCUCACCCUUCUCUCUUACACCUGGACCAGCAGCAGCCCCGUGCAGGAUGCAAGGCGGGCAGGGCAGUGGCAGAUUCCCUGGCGGAAAUAA